AAAAAAGCAACCAAGUCUCCGACCAUGAGGUUCACUGCCAUUGCUGCCCUUCUCCUCGCUGCCGUCGCAAGCGCACAGUCUCCUAUCUUCUCGAACUACGCGAUCGGUUUCACAGAGAUGACGGUGGCCAGCAUCGUCUUGGCCCCCUACCCUCUGUGUGUCAACAAAAAUGUCUGUAUCACCGUUAUCGGAACACUCAGUACCUCUAUCGUCACCGGCGCCAGGUUGUCGAUCUCUGGCAAAUAUGGCGGACGCGUCGUCUACACCGAUAAUCAGGACCUGUGUAAUCUCCUUUACGUUCAGGGACAUCCAUGCCCCGUUCCUCCUCUCGCCUCCAUUACUGCCUGCGUCCUCGUCAAGCCUACUACCCCCACUGGCAUUCCCAUCGCGCUGACUAUCCAGGCCACCAACGGCAACGGCAAUGUGCUCUUCUGCCAGGUCGCCACGGUCACUGCCCAGAACUGCACUUAAAUCAGUCGA